CAAGUCCCGGACGAGGCCCAGGGAGCCGCUCGCCCCGACCCCGCCGCCCCAUGCCCUCAAGAUGGAGGCAGCGGGGGCGGUGGCGUGAAGAAAGCGGCGCUGUGGGCGCGGGAGUAGGGGGCCCGGCGGCCCGGGCGGCGGCGGCGGGAUGGGGCUGCUGCUCAUGAUCCUGGCGUCGGCCGUGCUGGGCUCCUUCCUCACGCUGCUCACCCAGUUCCUGCUGCUGUACCGCAGACAGCCCGAGCCGCCGCCGGACGAGGCGGCCAGCGCAGGCGACGGCUUCAGCUACUCCAAGCCGGUGCCGGGCCUGCCCCUGCGGGAGUACCUCUAUGGCGGCGGCGGGGCUGAGGAGCCCUCCAGCGGGGCCCCCGAGGGCGGUGCGACCCCGGCCUCCGAGACCCCCGCCCCGCCGACGCGGGAGACCUGCUACUUUCUCAACGCCACCAUCCUGUUCCUGUUCCGGGAGCUGCGGGACACCGCGCUGACUCGCCGCUGGGUCACCAAGAAGAUCAAGGUGGAGUUUGAGGAGCUGCUGCAGACCAAGACGGCAGGGCGCCUGCUGGAGGGGCUGAGCCUGCGGGACGUGUUCCUGGGCGAGACGGUGCCCUUCAUCAAGACCAUCCGGCUCGUGCGGCCCGUGGUAGCGUCGGCCACCGGGGAGCCCCAUGGCCCCGAGGGGGAGGCGCUGCCCGCCUCCUGCCCGGAGGAGCUGGCCUUUGAGGCGGAGGUGGAGUACAGCGGGGGCUUCCACCUGGCCAUCGACGUGGACCUGGUCUUUGGCAAGUCCGCCUACCUGUUCGUCAAACUGUCCCGAGUGGUGGGGAGGUUGCGCUUCGUCCUCACCCGCGUGCCCUUCACCCACUGGUUCUUCUCCUUCGUGGAGGACCCGCUGAUCGACUUCGAGGUGCGCUCCCAGUUUGAAGGGCGGCCCAUGCCCCAACUCACCUCCAUCAUCGUCAACCAGCUCAAGAAAAUCAUCAAGCGCAAACACACGCUGCCGAAUUACAAGAUCAGGUUCAAGCCGUUUUUUCCAUAUCAGACCUUGCAAGAAUCUGAAGAAGAUGAAGAGUAUAUCCAUAUACACCAGUGGGCACUUGCUGAAGGACGUCUUAAAGUUACGUUGUUAGAAUGUAGCAGAUUACUCAUUUUUGGAUCCUAUGAUAGAGAAGCAAAUAUUCAUUGCACACUUGAGUUGAGCAGUGGUGUUUGGGAAGAAAAACAAAGGAGUUCUAUUAAGACGGUUGAAUUAAUAAAAGGGAAUUUACAAAGCGUUGGACUUACACUUCGUCUUGUUCAGUCAACUGAUGGAUAUGCUGGGCAUGUCAUAAUUGAAACUGUGGCCCCAAACUCACCUGCUGCAAUUGCAGAUCUUCAGCGGGGAGAUCGACUCAUUGCUAUUGGAGGUGUAAAAAUUACAUCGACACUACAGGUGUUGAAGCUUAUCAAGCAGGCUGGUGACCGAGUCUUGGUGUACUAUGAAAGGCCUGUUGGCCAGAGCAAUCAAGGUACUGUUCUGCAAGAUAAUUUUGGCCAGUUGGAAGAAAACUUUUUGUCAAGCUCAUGCCAACCAAGUUAUGAAGAGGAAGCUGCAGGACUUGCAGUGGAUGCUGAAAAUAGAGACCUUGAUUCUGAAUUUGAAGAUUUGGCAAGUGAUGUCAGAGUACAAAACGAGUUCAAAGAUGAGGCACAGUCAUUAAGUCAUAGUCCCAAACGUACUCCAACAACACUUUCUAUUAAACCUCUUGGCGCUAUAUCCCCAGUUUUAAACCGUAAAUUAGUUACAGGAAGUCACCCACUACCACCAAAAAUUCCAGCCAAAGAAGGAAAUAAACCGCCAGCCCUAAAAACUUCUGAGGUACUAGACCCAGCACAAGUGUCAAAACCCACCCAAGGAUCCACUUUCAAACCACCUGUGCCACCACGACCACAAUUAAAAGUUCCUUUGCCUUCUGCUGACACCCCAAAUCAGGCUGAACCAGACAUUCUUGUUGAAAAGCCAGAGAAGGUGCUUCUUCCUCCUCCUCCUGCAGAUAAAUCUGAGAAGCAAGCAAAAAAUGUGGAUCACAUAGAAGAUGUGACUACAUCUAAGCAGUUUAUAGCAAAGCAAGAAAUGACUAAAGAUUUUACUUCAGAAGGUUCUUGCCCUACUAAAGACAGUUCGGAUGACCAUCAAAUGUGGGAGUCAUCAGAAAUUCUUUAUCGGAAUAAGCUAGGAAAGUGGACAAAAACCAGAGCAUCCUGUUUGUUUGAUAUAGAAGCCUGCCACAGAUACCUGAAUGUUGCACUGUGGUGCAGGGAUCCUUUCAAGUUGGGAGGUCUCAUCUGUUUGGGGCACAUUAGCUUAAAACUUGAAGAGGUGGCUUUAGGAUGCUUAGCUACAUCAAACAUGGAAUACCUUUCAAAAUUCAGACUGGAAGCUCCUGCACCUAAGGCCAUGGUCACUAGAACUGCUUUAAGGAAUCUGAGUAUGCAAAAGGGCUUCAAUGACAAAUUUUGCUAUGGUGACAUUACUAUUCACUUCAAAUAUUUGAAGGAAGGAGAACCAGACCACCAUGUAGUUACUAAUUUAGAGAAAGAAAAAGAACUCCAUUUGGUUGAAGAAGUUUCUAUCCUGCCUAAAGAGGAGCACUUUGUUGGACAGAUGGGUUCAUCAGAAAGUAAACAUAGUUUCCAGGAUACUCAGUUCCAAAACCCAACUUGGUGUGAUUACUGUAAAAAAAAAGUUUGGACAAAAGCAGCUUCCCAGUGUAUGUUCUGUGCUUAUGUUUGCCAUAAAAAAUGUCAAGAAAAGUGUCUAGCUGAGACUCCUCUUUGUGGAGCAACUGAGAGACGAAUAGACCGAACCCUGAAAAACCUUAGGCUAGAAGGACAGGAACCCCUCUUGGGCCUGGCUCCUCGUGUUGAUGCCGAAGCUAACAAGUCAGUUAAUAAAACGACAGGUUUGACAAGGCACAUUAUUAAUACAAGCUCUCGUUUGCUAAAUUUACGUCAAGUCUCUAAAACUCGCCUUUCUGAACCAGGAACCGAUCUUGUAGAACCUUCACCAAAACACACACCCAACACAUCAGACAAUGAAGGCAGUGACACAGAGGUCUGUGGUCCAAACAGUCCUUCCAAACGAGGAAGCAGCACAGGAAUAAAGUUAGUGAGAAAAGAAGGUGGGCUGGAUGACAGUGUUUUUAUUGCAGUUAAAGAAAUCGGCCGUGAUCUGUACAGGGGCUUGCCUACAGAGGAGAGAAUCCAGAAGCUGGAGUUUAUGCUGGAUAAACUACAGAAUGAGAUUGAUCAGGAGUUGGAACACAAUAAUUCCCUUGUUAGAGAAGAAAAAGAGACAACUGAUACAAGGAAAAAAUCAGUUCUUUCAGCUGCUUUGGCUAAAUCGGGUGAAAGACUACAAGCUCUCACACUUCUUAUGAUCCACUAUAGGGCAGGCAUUGAAGAUAUUGAAACUUUAGAAAGUCUAUCAUUAGACCAGCACUCCAAAAAAAUAAGCAAGUACACAGAAGAUACAGAAGAAGACCUUGAUAGUGAAAUAAGCCAACUGAUAGACUCGCAGCCAUUCAGCAGUAUCUCAGAUGACCUAUUUGGUCCAUCCGAGUCUGUGUAACCAACAGGCUGUGUCAGCUUUCAAAUGAUUGGGGAAAAGAUGCAUCUAAAGUACCAUGGAUACAGCCAUGUUUCAGUUCUCUUAUAAUGCACCUCAGCCUGCUGCUCCAGUUAUUUACUUGUAUAAGAAAGAACAGGAAUGAGUUUGUUUUCCAGUAAAAAUAUGACCAGCUCAUUAAUUGGUUGUUUUGGGUUGCAUUUAUAGCUAUGCUUUUUUGGGGUUUAUACUGGGAAUUUAUUUUUACUAAUUUAUUUUUAACUUUUUCUAAUUAUGUAAGCUAAUUUGUCACAUUUAUGUAUGUGUGGUGUCUCACUGUGUUAUUUUUCCUUCAACUUAGUUUUUGAAUUAGUGUUAAAUAGGAUAUUGUCCAGACUCGUAAUAUUUUCAUUUCCAUCACGGUUAUAAGAACAGUUUUGCUGCAUGCCCAAAUUGACAACAGCAAUCUUUGAGGGAACAGGUUUUGAAUCUUUUUGUUUUGUUUUUUGUUUUGAAGUUUGUCAUUUCUACUUGCUUGAGAUUUUUGUUACUUUGGGGCUUUGGGGGGCUUUUUCUUUUGUUUUUGCCAAAUAUAACAUGGAAGCAGAUGCUGCAGUUUUAGUCUAUUAUGCUGAUUUAGUAAAAUUAUUUUUUACAUAUAUUGCUUGCUAUCUAUGCUUCUGAGAUUUUUGUCUAAAGCUUGUGUGCAGCUGAAGUAUAGUAGAUACCUAGUGAUGAAUCUGAAGGGCUUGCAUUGAUAAACAAAAUAGGGAAUAAUAGAAUACAGUUGGUCAAGAAUUUUGUAGAAGAUAACAAGAUUACUGAAAAUUAGUAGCCAGUAGGGUUUUGAAAUAUUUUUUCAAUAUUUUUCAAAAUUUCAAUUCUUUCCUUUUAAAUGGAAGUCCUAAGCAUUCAUGAUGGUUUUUUUUUUUUUUUUAUCUUCAGUUCUCCCAUAGGAAAUAAAGCAUGUACAAGGAUAUUUAAAGUUUCAGAGGACUGUUGUUAAAUGACUAUUGAUAAUUGGUUUUGUUUUAAAAACAUUCUCAUGUAGGAGUAUAUAUUGUGAAGGAGAGGAGUUAUGCAAAGUGUAUUUAUUGCUUCAUCUAUUUUACAGGCUUAAAGGAAUAGUGAUCAUUCUGAAUAUUUCUGUAGUGCAGACUGUCAUUCUUUUUUUUAGAAAGAAAAAAAAAAUAGACCAUAUACAUAGGAAUUGGAACCAGUUCUCUGAAAAUGAAGAUCUUCUCUGAUACUGGUCCACUUAUUGAUGCCAGUAACACAUCUGAGGGAAAAUGUGUAAACUUGACCUCUGUUUGUAUACCUUAAUAGUUUGGGCCUAUUAUAUGCCUACAAAAUAAAUAUAUAUAUUUUUCCCCUUUUAUAGGUAACUAGUCUGAUAAGUUGAUACAUAAUCAACACGACUUUAAAACAAGAUGAAACAGCUUUCAUGGUGGGCAAAGAAAGGCACAGUAAGGAUUGUGACCCAGGACUCUAUAUAAGAGUUUAAGUUCAAGGUCUUCCCUUAAUGAGCUGUCAGCCAUAAGCAAGUCACAGAAGGGCUCAGUGCAGCCGUUUCCCAUCUGUAAAGCUAGGAUAAUACUACUUACUCUAAUAACUACCUCACAGGGUUGUUGUGAGGAAAAUAGUAGCAUAACUACAAAAGCACUUUGAACAGCAAAAAGCUAUACAGAUAGAAGAUAUUAUUUAUAUGAGAAAAACAUUUUUGAGGGUAGAAAAGUCAUUCCACUUUUAAAAUCAGUAGACUACUAAGGAAAAUAUUAAGACACUAAAUAUCUUUCUUGGCCAGGUUUAUAACAAGAAUGUAUGUGAACCCCCUUUCUCAUUGUUUACGCAUGCUCGAAUUUUAAAAGAACACUGCUACAGCAGACUUUCCACACCAAAUCCCUUGAAAGCUAAAGUGUCCCACAACAUAUGCGUGAACCUGUCUGCCCAAUGUAUAACCAUGUUUCCUAUUGUAAAAUAACUUACCAUUGCUAACCAGGAAGGCGGAGUAUCUAAGUGGUUGGUGUUUAUAGAUUAAACCAUGGGAGUUUUAGUGACAUCUAAACAUGCCCCUGAAGCUGUUGCAUUUGAAAGAGCAAUGGAGAUAAUGCAAAACUUUGAUUUCAUAAGAAUCUACUCAUGUUUUAAAGUAUUUAACUCUUUGAAACCACAAUUAUGGAAAGCUCAGUAAUGCUGCUAAUGGCAUUUGUAAAAUAUACCUUGAAUGUAGUGCAAUAUUUUUCUAUCUGCUGGAAGAAGCAGUAGAGGCAUCUCAGUUGUACUUUAGUGCAAGGGGGGAACACUCCAGACAGCCUAGAGUAUAGUAAGGUAUAAGGCUUCAGUGAAAAAAUUGUAUUAUAUUACAUUACUGAUGUAAUCUUGCUGCCAUGCUAUGUUAUCAAUAGCUAAAAAUAAUAAAUAAAUAAAGACUACCACAGAAAAAAAGAAUAUCUUCAUUUGAUGCCAUCCAAAAAAAAAAAAAAGUGAUUGCUGCAUCUAUGUGGAAUUAUUGCCUGGUAUAAUUUGGCCAUGCAGAUAAGCUACUGAAGUCCACUUUUACAAAAUGAAAUUGCAAAAACAAUUUUUUAAUUGUUGUUUUCUUAACUUGUGAAAUAUCAUAGUUAUGGAUUUGCUUCUGCUAUAUAGUAAUAAUUAGACUACUAGAGUGUAUAUUUUCCAUAUUGGUAUUUACAUGAAUGGGUUAGAGAAAAUGAGCAACAUUUUGGCAUUAUUUUGCAAUUAUAAAAUAUAUGCUACAUUUCUUAAUAUCAGGAAACAUUCUUCAAUAUCAGAACUGGUUGAAAUAUUUAUUAUGUGGAUAUUUUGUGAUUCUGAGGGAAGAAAGCAGUAUAAAAACUUUGAGGGUACUACCAAGUUCUAAAUUUAAAUGUAUCUAGAUUUUUAAAAGGCAAUUUGAAAACAUUUGGCUCUAGUAGUAGGAUAAUGAAUAAGAUUCUCAAGUCCUCUAAAAGUGAAUAAAUUUAAAAUCACUUUAAA